AUGGUGCGCACAUAUAAGAUCCUCCACCGGAAAUGGAGGCUCCAUAAGGCGCUUUACUGGGGCUUGAUCCCCGAGCUGGCUGGCACCAUCGCCGCUCUCGUCCUGUUCGGCAUCUCCCAGCCCGAUGCCUACCGGACGCUCUUUUGGCGCAUCGGGUUCAACAACCAGCUAAACUCGAACCCCAACAUGAUUCUCUACGCGUAUGCGAACCACCGGCCACUGCCAAAUAUCCCGUUUGUGUGGUCGCAGUCAUUGACCAACUUUUGCGUGGCUAUCUCCAUCCUCUCCCUCUUCGUCCUCUUGGCCAAGAUGAUCGCUAGCAUCAUGAAGGUCUUCUACCCUAUCGUCGGCCUCCUGACUAGUUUCGGCUUGAUGGUCCUUUACGUCGUGGGAGUCUACGGCCAGGCCGGCCCCGACUACGCCGACAAGCGCUACCCGAGCUCCGUGGCCUGGUAUAUCCGGAUGAGCUGCAGCAUCGCGGAGCCGUACGGCGCGGUCAAGGACUGCUACAUGGCCAAGGGCGCCUUUGCCGUGACCGUCGUGAUGAUGUUCAUCUAUCUCUGCAACACGGUCCUAGCUGCCUGGGCAAUGUUCCCCAACCCCCUCAACGACAUUCGCGACGAUGACGACGAGGAGGAGGCCGACAACGACAAGCAGUGGGAGAUGCAGCCGCCCGCCACCCCGCGCACCAUGCCCUUCACCCCGCGCACGCAGGCCUUCUACACACUCGAUAGGAAGCUGCCUCUCCGCUCUGGCUAA